UAGCAUCAACCUGUUGAGUGGUGCCCACGAAAGCAAUGAACCCCAGCAAUGGGUUAUUUUGGCAUUUAGCACUGCUUUUAGUGGCAACAUGCAGUUGGCGCCAAGGAAGUGGCCGCGAAUCGCAGCUGAGGGUUGGCAAAGCCCUCAACGUCUUCGUGCGAUUCGGUUAUUUGGGUAUUUCGAUGCGAGUAAUACCGACUAACGACACAGCGGAAGACGUGCGAUGGCUUUUUAAGGAGCCAACCCGAAAUAUUUACAAGGAUGUAAAUAAUUAUGCCGAAAGCAAUGAACAAAACACACCCGGUAUUUUCCAUGGUGACUUCCACAUGGAGUUCUGCGACAAUCGUCGACAAUUAUAUCAAGCUUAUUUCCGUGACUUUACAAUUGAACGCUUGGACCGUCCAUGGGAGGCAUUCACUGGUGGUUGGUUCCCCGAUAACGCUGCGAAGAAGUUGGGAAUAAACACUUCCUUCAUUCAAGGAGACUACUCGUAUGUGUUGGUGAGGGUUGUACGUUUUAGGGAAACGGGUAAAUUCAGGUCAGAGCUGCCACUGAACUUGACAUUGGAAAACGACGUUAAAGAGCGAAUGAACGAUAUUGUAACUGGGAAUGUUACGACAGCUGUGAAAUUUUUCGAAAAUGUUGGCACGCACUACAUCAACUCCUACACAACCGGGAAUUCGUUAUAUCAGGUUUUCGUAUAUAACCGACAGAACUAUCAAGUGAUCAAAGAACGUAUCAAAACCAAAGGAAUCAACUCAUUGUCGAAGCAGGACCUUUACCAUUUCUUUGCUCCAUGGUUUGCGGAACAUUUAGGUCAAAUUCGUUCGGCCAGUGCAAAUAAUACUGUCGAACGAUGGGCUCGCCGAAAACUACAGUACGAAUAUUUGCUGGUGAAAUAUGUCACAUUGUUAAAAUUGCAUGGCAAUGGCACUCUUCUCCGCACCCUGGACACCUUGCUGGGCAACGAUGCUAUAUUGCAGUUGGACCUGAAAUCUCUCAAGGUAAUAUUUCACAACGACCCAGAGAAACAAAACUGGUUCCACGAGGUUUUGGAUAAUCACAUGGAACUCUGGGAGGCCAAUAUGCCGCAGAACUGACAUGUGGUGUAGUCAGGUGUCCAAGUAAUAGUUCCUACUGUUCCUGCCUUCAAGAGCCUGUAGCCGUA